UGUGGGGAGAAGAUCACCCUGUGUAUCUCCAUCCUCCUCUCCCUCACUCUCUUCCUCCUUCUUGUUUCAGACUGUGGGGAGAAGAUCACCCUGUGUAUCUCCAUCCUCCUCUCCCUCACCCUCUUCCUCCUUCUUGUUUCAGACUGUGGGGAGAAGAUCACCCUGUGUAUCUCCAUCCUCCUCUCCCUCACCCUCUUCCUCCUUCUUGUUUCAGACUGUGGGGAGAAGAUCACCCUGUGUAUCUCCGAUCUCCUCUCCCUCACCCUCUUCCUCCUUCUUGUUUCAGACUGUGGGGAGAAGAUCACCCUGUGUAUCUCCAUCCUCCUCUCCCUCACCCUCUUCCUCCUUCUUGUUUCAGACUGUGGGGAGAAAAUCACCCUGUGUAUCUCCAUCCACCUCUCCCUCACCGUCUUCCUCCUUCUUGUUUCAGACUGUGGGGAGAAGAUCACCCUGUGUAUCUCCGUCCUCCUCUCCCUCACCGUCUUCCUGCUCCUCAUCACAGAGAUCAUCCCGUCCACCUCCCUGGUCAUCCCUCUGAUUGGAGAGUACCUCCUCUUCACCAUGAUCUUCGUCACUCUCUCCAUCGUCAUCACUGUGUUUGUCCUCAACGUCCACCACCGCUCCCCGGGGACCCAUAAGAUGCCUCGCUGGGUCCACUCUGUCUUCCUGGACCUGAUCCCCAGGUGGCUGUUCAUGAGGCGGCCGGCGCCGGACGGAAGGAGAUGCAGGUUGUUGUUGCUCCAGCAGGGGGCAGCGGUGGCACGGCGUCAGGGACGGACCAUCACCGCCAGACCACCAGGUGAGGUGGUGAUAAUCGCAAGGACCAUAUUGGAAAUAAGUCCCUAGACUUUGUGUCCCAAAUGGCACCCUAUUCCCUAUAUAAUAAUAUAAUAAUAAUAUGCCGUUUAGCAGACGCUUUUAUCCAAAGCGACUUACAGUCAUGUGUGCAUACAUUUUUACCAGCAGGAGUCUUGAUAGUAGAAAAAGUCAGCGAGUCAGUGGUUCCUGCACCAUAGAUCAACCCAUAAAUAAUCUACACCUAUAUGCAUCAGUAUCUCUCGCUUUUUGACAAUGAUUUCACGUGAGGCCUAAUUCACAUGAUAUGCCUAAGUAAUUAUAACCACUAGGCUAAUAAAUAAUCACAUUAUUUUAAGUUGUCUCUUUGAAGCUACACGCUAAAGCGAUUUAGAGUAGAUGAUGGGUGGCGAGCAGGGCCGGAAUAAGAAAUCAUGGGCCCCAGGGCUUUGUUUUGUUCAGAACAGCUUAAAUUCGUCGGGUCAUGGACUCUACAAGGUGUUGAAAGCGUUCCACAGGGAUGCUGGCCCAUGUUGACUCCAACGCUUCCCACAGUUGUGUCGAGUUGGCUGGAUUUCCUUUGGGUGGUGGACCAUUCUUGAUACAACAGCGUUGCAGUUCUUGACACAAACCGGUGCGCCUGGCACCUACUACCAUACCCCGUUCAAAGGCACUUCAAUAUUUUGUCUUGCCCAUUCACCCUCUGAAUGGCACACAUACACAAUCCAUGUCUCAAUUGUCUCAUGGCUUAAAAAUCCUUUAACCUGUCUCCUCCCGUUCAUCUAUACUGAUUUGAAGUGGAUUUAACGAGUGACAUCAAUAAGUCAAUCAGUCUCUUUCAUGAAAAGAGCAGGUGUUCUUAAUGUUUUCUAUACUCUGUGUAAAUACACAGUACACUGAACAAAAAUAUAAACGCAGCAUGUAAAGUGUUGGUCCCAUGUUUCAUGAGCUGAAAUAAAAGAUCCCAAAAAAUUCCAUAUGCACAAAAAGCUUAUUUCUCUCAAAUUUUGUACAGAAAUUUAUUUAAAUCCCUGUUAGUGAGCAUUUCUCCUUUGCCAAGAUAAUCCAUCCACCUGACAGGUGUGGCAUAUCAAGAAGCUGAUUAAACAGCAUGAUCAUUACACAGGUGCACCUUGUGCUGGAGACAAUAACUUUUUGUCACACAACACAAUGCUACAGAUGUCUCAAGUUGUGGCCUGCAUACUCACCAGACAUGUGACCCAUUGAGCAUGUUUGGGAUGCUCUGGAUCGACGUGUACGACAGCCUGUUCCAGUCCCCGCCAAUAUCCAGGAACUUCAACAGCCUGACGUGUCGCGCUGCAUGAGGCAGGUUUUCUGAUCCAUGCCCCUACCUUUUUUUUAAAGGUAUCUGUGACCAACAGAUGUGUAUCUGUAUUCCCAGUCAUGUGAAAUCCAUAGAUUAGGGCCUAAUGAAUUGAUUUCAAUUGACUGAUUUCCUUAUAUGAACUGUACCUCAGUAAAAUCUUUGAAAUUGUUGCGUGUUGCAUUUAUAUUGUUGUUGUUCAGUGUAUAUUACAGGCUACAGUAGGCUAUUAAAUAUAAUCAAAUGUAAUUUCCACCUAAUGAUGACGAUGAAACCACCACUACUACUCACUGGGAUGGCGCCUCUUGGCAAAUCUCAAGAUGAGCUACUCUGAAAACCAGUGCUGCUGUUGGCAUAAAUGUAGGAAUUGUUGCAAAAUAUUUUGUUAUUAAUAUUCUAUAGUCUUCACUUUUCAGCAGUAAGCAUUCGCUUUUCCAAACUGUACGUUUUUCCUGCGAUUUUUAUUUUGAAAUUUGCAAAAGGCAAACCAACAGCCGCAGAUGGCAGUUCCCAUUCAAGUCAGGACUGGCAGCCAUUGCUAGUGUACCCAUGAGUUUAACACUCUAAUUGCCAGGGUAAGAGGUUCCAAAACCCUUCUAUGGAUUAUAGGUCUAUGGCCACAACGCAACAAGAUGUAUAUUUGGCGCAUGCUGCCUAAACUGCACAAAUUGCGGCCUUCCCGACUGUAGGCAACCGGUAACUGCCAACAUAAAGGAAACGAGGGAUACAAAGUUAUGUAAUGGUGUGGGGUGCAUUUCCCUGGCACGGUUUAGGUCCACUUGUAGAAUCUAUGCCAAGGUGCAUUGAAGCUGUUCUGGCUCGUGGUGGCCCAACGCCCUUUUAAGACACUUUAUGUUGGUGUUUCCUUUAUUUUGUCAGUUACUUGUAUGUGAUUGUGAUAAAACUUAAUCCACUUUUUUUUAAAUAUAUAAUAACAAUAAUAAUAAUAAUGUAAUUGUUUAUUAAUAUUGUUUUGCCUCUUUGGCCCCCUAUGGGUUUGGGCCCAGCCCCUGACUCACACAAUUGACCAAUCACAUGUAUUUAUUAUGCAGUUUAUUUAUUACUUUUUUAUUAAUCGGUUACCCAAUCACGGCAGCCCCCCCCCCCAGUUACCCACGAGGCCCCCCUACCUCCUCUCCUCCCCCAUCUGAUGAUCAGCAGCAGGCAAGCAGUACUCAUUGAGAGAGGGCUCCUGAGUCCUCCUGUGGUUGACAGUUGCAAUAAAUAAAUAAAUAACACACAACAGUGCAUUCGGAAAGUAUUCAGACCCCUUGACUUUUUCCACAUUUUGUUACGUUACAGCCUUAUUCUAAAAUUGAUUAAAUUACUUUUUUUCCUCAUCAAUAUUCACACAAUACCCCAUAAUGACAAAGCGAAAACAGGUUUUUGGAAAUGUUUGCAAAUUUAGUCAAAAUAAAAAACAGAAAUACCUUAUUUACAUAAGUAUUCAGACCCUUUGCGAUGAGACUGUUUCUACAACUUGAUUGGAGUCCGCUUGUGGUAAAUUCAAUUGAUUGGACAUGAUUUGUAAAGGCACACACCUGUCUGUAUAAGGUCCCACAGUUGACAGUGCAUGUCAGAGCAAAAACCAAGCCAUGAGGUCGAAGGAAUUGUCCGUAGAGCUCUGAGACAGGAUUGUGUCGAGGCACAGAUCUGGGGAAGGGUAUUAAAAAAUGUCUGCAGCAUUGAAGGUCCCCAAGAACACAGUGGCCUCCAUCUUUCUUUUAUGGAAGAAGUUUGGAACCACCAAGACUCUUCCUAGAGCUGGCCGCCCAGCCAAACUGAGCAAUCGGGGGAGAAGGGCCUUGGUCAAGGAGGUGACCAAGAACCCGAUGGUCACUCUGACAGAGCUCCACAGUUCCUCUGUGGAGAUGGGAGAACCUUCCAGAAGGACAACCAUCUCUGCAGCACUCCACCAAUUAGGCCUUUAUGGUAGAGUGGCCAGACGGAAGCCACUCCUCAGUAAAAAGGCACAUGACAGCCCACUUGGAGUUUGCCAAAAGACACCUAAAGGACUCUCAGACAAUGAGAAACAAGAUUCUCUGGUCUGAUGAAACCAAGAUUGAACUCUUUGGCCUGAAUGCCAUGUGUCAUAUCUGGAGGAAACCUGGCACCAUCCCUACGGUGAAGCAUGGUGGUGAAAGCAUGGGGAUGUUUUUCAGCGGCAGGGACUGGGAGACUAGUCAGGAUCGAGGGAAAGAUGAACGGAGCAAAGUACAGAGAGAUCCUUGAUGAAAACCUGCUCCAGAGUGCUCAGGACCUCAGACUGGGGCGAAGGUUCACCUUCCAACAGGACAACGACCCUAAGCACACAGCCAAGACAACGCAGGAGUGGCUUCGGGACAAGUCUCUGAAUGUCCUUGAGUGGCCCAGCCAGAGCCCGGACUUGAACCCGAUCUAACAUAUCUGGAGAGACCUGAAAAUAGCUGUGCAGCGACGCUCCCCAUCCAACCUGACAGAGGUUGAGAGGAUCUGCAGAGAAGAAUGGGAAUGCCAAGUGUCACGUCUGGAGGAAACCUGGCACCAUCCCUACAGUGAAGCAUGGUAGCGGCAGUAUCAUGCUGUGGGGAUGUUUUUCCCUACGGUGAAGCAUGGUGUGGCAGCGUCAUGCUGUUUUUUCCCUACGGUGAAGCAUGGUAGUGGCAGUAUCAUGCUGUGGGGAUAUUUUUCCCUACAGUGAAGCAUGGUGUGGCAGCGUCAUGCUGUUUUUCCCUACGGUGAAGCAUGGUAGUGGCAGCGUCAUGCUGUUUUCCCUACGGUGAAGCAUGGUAGUGGCACCGUCAUGCUGUUUUUCCCUACGGUGAAGGAUCCGUCACAUUCACUGUGGUUAUCUGAGUGCUAUAGAGCAGCUGGCGAUGCCUCAUCGUGAUUGGUUAUUCCCCAUUAUUUGCAACAAUGUCAUAGAGCGUCAUAACCAUCUUAUGCGGUACCUCAAACUGUCGUGAUUACAAGGAUUAACCACAGGAGGGUUGGUGUCACCAUAAUCGGGGAGGACGGGCUCGUGGUAAUGGCUGGAGCGGAAUCAGUGGAAUGGUAUCAAAUACAUCAAACAUAUGGUUUCCAGGUGUUUGAUGCCAUUCCAUUUGCUCCGUUCCAGCCAUUAUUAUACAUUUACAUUACAUUUACAUCAUUUAGCAGACGCUCUUAUCCAGAGCGACUUACAGUUAGUGCAUACAUUAUUCUUUUUUUUUUUUUAUACUGGCCCCCCGUGGGAAUCGAACCCACAACCCUGGCGUUGCAAACGCCAUGCUCUACCAACUGAGCUACCUCCCUGCCGGCCAUUCCCUCCCCUACCCUGGACGACGCUGGGCCAAUUGUGCGCCGGCCCAUUGGUCUCCCGGUUGCGGCCGGCUACAGCAGAGCCUGGAUUCGAACCAGGAUCUCUAGUGGCACAGCUAGCACUGCUAUGCAGUGCCUUAGACCACUGCGCCACUCGGGAGACACACCGUCCUCCCUUCAGCAGCCUCCACUGGUCUUAACAUCAUCCUAAAACCUACUCUAAGCUUGGAGUUUUGUUGUGUGUGUUAAAACAGGUUUUAACAGGAUUAACAGGACCUUUUCUGAGAUGCUUUGUGGAUACAGGCCCAGGUAGCAAUAAGGACCACAAUGGAAAUAAAUCACUAGACUGUAUUUUUCAGCUUUUUUUCUUUCUGAUUUUAAUCUAUGUACUCCCGUAGCUGAGCCAACUCUAUUGCCCCGUUUCCCGGACACAGAUUGAGCCCAGUCUUACACUAACAACCACUCAUGUCUUUAAGUCCAGGACUAGACUUAAUCUGUGUCCUGGAAACCGGCCCUAUUUCAAAUGUCUCAAAUUGAUUCCUUCUUUCACCCAGGCCUAGGCCCUCCUCCCUGCCUCAGCACCUCAGCCAGCUGGCUCCGGGACGGAGGGGGGACCAUGGAGGACCCCCGGGGACGGACCCCCUGUUAUGAGGACCUGGAGCUGGGGGCGCUGACCUCCUACUUCUCCUUCCGUCCUCCGUCACCCAGACCUCCGGGCUCCACCCCUCCGCCCCAGCAGAACCAUCCGCCCCCAGGGGCAGGGCAGCCCCAGAACCGCCUGGAUGGGGGGGUCGGAGGAGGAGGAGGAGGGGUGAAUAGAAGGGUUAACCCAACCCAGCAACCGGCUAACUUGGUGUCAGAGUCUAGAGGGAUAGAUUUCCCUUUGUCUCCCAGCGUGAUACGGGCUCUGGAGGGGCUGCACUACAUUGCCGACCACCUGAGGGCAGAGGACGCCGACUUUAGUGUGAGUAUUUAUGACGUAGUAUCAGUGUGAGUGAUUUUAUGGCGUAACACAACAGACCAGACUUUAGUGUGAGUAUUUAUGACGUAGUAUCAGUGUGAGUGAUUUUAUGGCGUAGCACAACAGACCAGACUUUAGUGUGAGUAUUUAUGACGUAGUAUCAGUGUGAGUGAUUUUAUGGCGUAACACAACAGACCAGACUUUAGUGUGAGUAUUUAUGACGUAGUAUCAGUGUGAGUGAUUUUAUGGCGUAGCACAACAGACCAGACUUUAGUGUGAGUGGUUAUGACAUGCAGAUCCUUUUGAUCUUUCUAUUUCUGAAAUGUCAAGAAUCUACAGUGUCUAUAUACCCAGAUAAGCACCCUGUUCCUGAAAACCUUUUGGUAGUGCCGGCACACCUGUAUACUGGUUAUGAAAGACAGUAACACAGCUGAACAGGGUAGUAUUUGUAGCACUAAUAUUGCAGGUAGCUGCUAUUUUUUGUAGAACAUUAAUUACAAAGAUUGUUCAACUAAACCAUCACGAUCGUUGCACUAAAUCAACUAUAAAGUGUUACCAUUCAUUCAUGUCUCUCUCUCCUCUCCAUCCAGGUGAAGGAAGACUGGAAGUACGUUGCCAUGGUGAUCGACCGUAUCUUCCUGUGGAUGUUUAUCAUCGUGUGUCUCCUAGGAACCAUUGGACUCUUCCUCCCUCCCUGGCUGGCUGGCAUGAUC